AUGAGAGUUUCUUUAUUGGCACUCAAGUUUGGGGAGCACCUGCAGGGGCCUAAUGAUCAAUAUCUUGGUGGUCAGAAUGACCAAGCUAGGUUCAAUGGCCUCUCCACUGUUGACGCCCUUUUACAAGGGGGUGCUGACCCUUCAAUCAAAGGUAAAAAGGGAAGCACUCCAUUGCACUUUGCAGCGCGCAGAGGAAACGAAGAGAUCGUUAAAGUUCUGUUAGAGCACCCGAAAGUCAAAGUUGAUGUUAGGGAUAGUUCUGGAAAAACAGCGUUGCACAUGGCAUGCAGUGAAGGACAAAACAGAGUUUGCCAGCUUCUACUGGACAAUGGAGCGGACAUCAAGGCGGUUACGACAGACAACGCGACUCCUCUCCACAACGCCAUUCUGAAUGGUCAUUCUGAGGUGGCAACAAUGAUAAUAAACCGAGGUUAG